UCAACAUGGCGGCUAUUUUUUUAAAGGGCCAUCCCUCUCUUUCUCCACCUUCUCUCCCAUUUCUUCUCCUCCUCCUCACUUCACCAACCUAACCCCCUCUCUCUCUUUCCUCCUCCUUUUCUUCUUCUUCAUUUUGAUCGCCAUAUUCGCCGGCAAGUGUGCAAGUUUAUUAGCUUUGGCUUGGUUCUCGGAGAGCUUGUGCAGUAGUCCAAAUUAAUGGACAGCAAGUUCAACACGAACCCAUUAAUCACUGAUCAAGAAGAGAACGAUUAUACAGAAAGUGGUCCUGACUCACCUCAUUCUAGCUUCCCUAACGACAUGAAGAUGACUUCUAUGUCUUCCCCAAAAAGAAGCAAACGGGCGAUUCAAAAAAGAGUAAUCUCGGUGCCAAUCAAGGACGUAGAAGGGUCACGGCUCAAGGGCGAGACUAUUCCGCCGCCUUCUGAUUCUUGGGCUUGGAGAAAAUACGGCCAGAAACCCAUCAAGGGCUCCCCUUACCCUAGAGGAUACUACAGAUGUAGUAGUUCAAAGGGCUGUCCAGCCAGAAAACAGAUAGAGAGGAGCCGUGUGGACCCAUCAAUGCUAGUGGUCACAUAUUCUUGUGAACACAACCACCCUUGGCCACCUCCUUCAAAGACGCACCACCAUCACCACCACCACAGUAACGCCUCCACCAAAACCAACACAGUCAAGCCCGAAAUCUCCACACCCCCCCAACCUGAAAACCCAGAACCCGAACCUGAACCGGAGGAAAAGUUCACUGAUCUUGGAGAUGACUCACUUAUUAGUACAGAUGAUUUUAGCUGGUUUGGAGAAAUGGAAACCACCUCUGCUACAAUCCUUGAGAGCCCCAUUUUUGCGGAUGAGAGGAGCACGGCAGGGACUGAAGCGGCGAUGUAUUUCCCUAUGAGAGAAGAGGAUGAAUCCCUAUUUGCCGAUCUGGGCGAGCUGCCGGAAUGCUCGGCGGUGUUCAGGCACCACCGUGGAGUGGACCCACAAGUCCAGAUCUGCUGACACUUCACAUUGUCAUCACGCGGGUUAUAAAAUUCAAAGGUGGACGUUUUGUGCUCCACAAGAUAACAAAACAGGAUUUUUUUCUUCUUCUUCUAAUUUACUAGUCUUGUUUUUCAUUUCUUGUUAAUUUAAUUCUUGUUUUUAAUUUCCAUUUUCCCUUGAUUUCAGUGUAGUAAGUGAAUAAAAGUCCAAUUCUGAAGUCUGUCGCGAUCCUGUUGUAAUUAUGAAGCAUUUGCCGUCUCAGAAUGGAUAUAAAUAUAUAUUUUCAA